AUGGGUCUAAUUGCUUCCGAUAAAUUCGCUACUAAAGCUAUCCAUGCUGGUUCUCAUGUCGAUGUCCAUGGUUCUGUUAUUGAACCAAUCUCCUUAUCUACCACUUUCAAACAAUCUGCUCCAGCUCAACCAAUUGGUACAUACGAAUAUUCUAGAUCACAAAAUCCAAACAGAGAAAACUUAGAAAACGCCAUCGCUGCCUUAGAAAAUGGUAAGUACGGGUUAGCUUUCUCCUCAGGUUCUGCUACUACCGCCAUCAUCUUACAAUCUCUACCACAAAACUCCCAUGCCAUCUCCAUCGGUGAUGUUUAUGGUGGUACUCACAGAUACUUCACUAAAGUUGCUAACGCUCACGGUGUUGAAACUACUUUCACCAACGAUUUAAUUAAGGAUUUACCAAACCUAGUUAAGGAAAACACUAAAUUAGUUUGGAUUGAAUCUCCAACCAACCCAACUUUAAAAGUCACUGACAUUGAAGCUGUCUCCAAAUCUAUUAAAUCUUUAAACAAGGAUAUCCUACUUGUAGUAGACAACACUUUCUUAUCUCCAUAUCUUUCAAACCCAUUAAACUUCGGUGCUGACAUUGUUGUUCAUUCAGCAACUAAAUACAUUAACGGUCACUCUGAUGUGGUCUUAGGUGUCUUAGCCACUAACAAUCAAGAAAUUUAUGAAAGAUUACAAUUCUUACAAAAUGCUGUUGGUGCCAUCCCAUCUCCUUUCGACAGUUGGUUAACUCACAGAGGUUUAAAGACUCUACAUUUACGUGUCAGACAAGCUUCUUUAACUGCAACCAAGAUUGCUGAAUUUUUAAGCACAAAUCCAAACGUUAAAGCUGUCAACUACCCAGGUUUACCAACACACGAAAAUUAUGAUAUCGUUAAGAAACAACAUCGUGAAGCUCUAGGUGGUGGUAUGAUCUCUUUCAGAAUUAACGGUGGUAGUGAAGCUGCUGCUAAAUUCUCCUCCUCUACUAGAUUAUUCACGUUAGCUGAAUCUUUAGGUGGUAUCGAAUCUCUUUUGGAAGUCCCAGCUGUUAUGACUCAUGGUGGUAUUCCAAAGGAAAGUAGAGAAGCUUCUGGUGUUUACGAUGAUUUGAUUAGAUUAUCUGUAGGUAUUGAAGAUGCUGGUGAUUUAUUGGAUGACAUUAAACAAGCUCUUGAAGUCGCCGCAGCUAAGAACUAA